UACCUCCCACCACCUCCAGUCCCCCGUCGCCCCCGAGCUGUUCUGUUCUCCGUCUUUAUUCCUCACUCGUUUGGCGAUGCGUCGAUAAUACUCCGCUCUGUUGCUCUUUCUCUCUCUCUCUCUCUCUCUCUCCUUUUUUUUACCAUUCUCUCUGUCUCUUAUUUUAAUAUUUUUUUUCAGUCACGGGACCUCAUCACCAGUGUUUUAAUGUCACGUCGCGAAAGACUCUUAACAAAAUGGUGCCAUCAAACAAACUCCGCUGGGAUCAAUUCCUGACUUUGGCCGCAGCUCUUAUGUCACCUGUGAUAACGGUGCUGUGUAAUGAUAUCCUCAGCCUGAAGGUGGCAGGAGACCCAGUUCUAACCCCCCACUCUGUGUGCCUGAGGCUGGUGGGCCUCAGCAAACGCCAGAUGCGAAUGUGUGUGCGGAACCCCGACGUGACGGCGUCCGCCCUGCAGGGCAUCCAGGUGGCCAUCCACGAAUGCCAGCACCAGCUCCGGGACCAUCGCUGGAACUGUUCCACACUGGAGGGCUUCGGCAAGCCGCCCCACCACAGCACCAUCCUCAACAGGGGUUUCAGAGAGAGCGCCUUCUCCCUGGCCCUGCUGGCAGCGGGUGUGGCUCACUCUGUGGCCUCGGCUUGCAGCAUGGGCAAGCUGCGGGGGUGCAGCUGCGAGGCCAAGCGUCGCCAGGACGAUGACAAGAUCCGGCUGAAGCUGACGCAGCUGCAGCUGCAGGCUCUGCAGAAGGGCGGGGUGGGCAUCAACAUGGCCAAGUCGUUGCCCUCGGAGCUAAGCGGUCACCAUGGCAGGCUGCCCACCAGUCUGCAGGCCGCCCACACCUCGGCCCUGCUCAAGCCUCUCUCUGACGAGUUAAGCUCCAUGCAGGACACCUGGAUGUGGGGGGGCUGCAGCCACGACCUGCGCUUCGGGGAGCGUUUUUCAAGAGACUGGCUCGAUUCCCGGGGGUCUCCCAGGGACAUCCACGCUCGCAUGAGGAUCCACAACAACCGCGUGGGACGACAGAUAGUGACUGACAACAUGACAAGGAAGUGCAAAUGUCACGGCACGUCAGGGAGCUGUCAGUUCAAGACCUGCUGGUACGUGUCCCCGGAGUUCCGGCUCGUUGGGUCCUUGCUGAGGGCGAAGUUCUCCUCAGCCGUCUUCGUCAACUCCCAGAACAAGAACAACGGCGUUUUCAACCCACGGACAGAAAACGGAGCCGGCAGAAGCGCCGCGAGGCUCCACGGCGGCCGCCGGUGGAACCUGAACAGAGAACUGGUGUAUUUCGAGAAGUCUCCCGACUUCUGCGAGCCCGACGCGGCCGCGGACUCUCCGGGCACGCUGGGGCGUACCUGCAACAAAACCAGCCACAGCACGGACAGCUGCGGCUCGCUGUGCUGCGGCCGUGGGCACAACAUCCUGAAGCAGACGCGCAGCGAGCGCUGCAACUGUCGAUUUCACUGGUGCUGCUACGUGCUCUGCGAGGAGUGCCGUCUCACAGAGUGGGUCAAUGUGUGCAAGUAGAUCCAGCUUUUGUUUUGGCCCUUGUGUAACUCUUCCAGAAAAUCUGUUUACUCACCCCUUCUUUUUUUUCCCUGGUUCCAUCAUCUGGGAUCUAUUUUCUCCUUGUAGCCGCUGUGAUUCUCAUAAUGCCAAGCCAGAGAUUGAAGAGGUGACUCAUGUCGUUUGUCUGUUUAGACGGUACCCUUUCAGACAUGAAAAGGGCCCAUGCCUCAUCUCUUCUGCACAACAAGAGGAGCAGUAAUCUUUCAGCAUCUAAAUUCUUCUUGCUGAACAGUAGCUGUGUCUUUUAUGGUGCAUGUGUAUAUUUGUAAAUGUAUUAUUAUUAAUAUGAAUAUUGUAUCAAGAGUCUUGUUGAUUUUAGUGAAUGGAAGAUUGAGAAUUUUUUUAAAGAUUUCUAUAAGAACUUGUUUAAUAAUCAUCAACUAUCUCACUUGAUCUGUAUAUUUUGCACCUGUGCUUCACAGGUACCUAUUUCAGCACUUGUCUCAAAAUCUUUCUAGAAAAGCGUUUUUCUUCAUAAAAUGAGACAAUAUCUAUUUUUUCAAUAAACAGAACACUUUCUCACUAACAAAA